GCAUCUUCUAGGUGUGGAUAAACAGUGCGCGUGCCUGACUAACGUGUUGAGGAGGGAGAAAGAGAGAAAUAUACAUACUUGAUUCGAGAAGAUCUGGUAUUGAUUAAAUUUCACGCUAAGAUUUCGCAUUGUGAGUUUUGUGAUCUUAUAAAUGUCAUGAGUAUACCUACUGUAUGAGAAACAACACUGUAAAGGGAAUCUACGGGGAAACUGACGUCGUUGGAAUAUGAGACGGACCGUUUUCGGCAUGGUACUAGCAAGCAACUUACUGGGGAUUCUCGCACCUGUUAUUUUAAAGCACAUGUCCUCGGAAAUUCAGCUCAAACAGGGUCGAAUAAGGGGAUGGCUGACUGAUUUCCCUGGAAAAGGAAAACGGAAAAUGGCACCUGCCGACGCUUUCUUUGGACUGUCCUAUGCUUCUUUAAGAAACGGUGAUCUCAGAUUUCAGAGACCUGUUGCAUCUUUCGAGACUUGGCAAGGAACGAAAUUAUUACAAAAGUCGUCGAAAUCGGCGUGCUCACAACUUCAACUUAAUUUGUCAAAUAGUGAGGAGGUAUCGAACAGUUUUCCCCAGGGGCGACCGGAACAUAUAAGUAAUAUUCAGAAAUUCACGGCUCACACGAGCGAGGACUGUCUCUCACUGACCCUCUAUAAACCCAGUAGGAGAGAGAAGAACGAUUCAUCCCCAUUUCCAGUAAUGGUGUUCAUCCACGGGGAGUCAUAUGACAUCGGAACCGGAAAUGCUUAUGAGGGAAGCGUGCUGGCGAGUUACGGAAAGGUCAUUGUGAUCACCGUCAAUUAUCGCCUCGGCGUUCUAGGUUUCCUGGGCACGGGUCACCCAAACGCCAACGGGAACCAGGCCCUGCUCGACCUUCUGGCUGUCCUGACGUGGAUCAAGGAGAAUAUAGCGUCCUUCGAUGGCGACCCGAACAGAGUGACCUUGUUUGGGCAUGGUCAUGGUGCUGCUCUUGUUAACUUCCUUCUGUUUGUUCAAACAGUUAAAAGAGAGAACCUCUUCCAUCGCGCAAUCUUGAUGAGCGGUUCUGCCGGAAGUUCAUGGUCCGAGUCCGUGGAUCCCCUCGCUUGUGCUCAAAAAUUAGCCGUCAACGUAAAUUGUAGCCAGUACAUUAACGAUUCCGCUAAACUGAUACAGUGUUUCAAAAACAAGACCACCGAGGAACUGGUCAACAAUGCUCCAACACCACCUAAAUAUUUCUCCUGCUUCGCUCCUUCCACGAAGAUCGGGACUUUUUUCACAGGACCUUUAGACAAAAUGAUGAGAGACAAAAAUUCAUACGCUUUCUCGAAGAUUCCCGUCAUGUUCGGGGUGACGAAGAACGAAGCUUACUCCUACCUGAAUCAACAAGAGCUACAAAACGGAAUCACAGACUUCCGGAAGAAACAGAUUCUUAGGACGUACGUUCAGAACGUUUACAAAUACCACCGUCAGAAGAUUUUCGAAAUCUUGGACCACGAGUAUUCGGAUUGGACCAAAUUACAGAGUGACAAAACCAGGCGGGACAACGUCAUGGAGAUGAUCAGUGACGGUCAGUAUGUGGCCCCAAUCGUCAAGAUGGCCAGGGAGCACGCCGAAACGAGGGCAGGGACCUACUUUUACUCUUUCGGAUAUUCCACCAGUUCCGAGAGCAAGAGCUUUCCUGAGUGGUCGAGUGGGGUCUUUGGGGAUGAGUUGCCGUACGUCUUUGGGGCACCGUUAGUAGACGGGAUAUCGCCAUUUCCAAAUGAAUACACCAAGAAUGAGAAACGACUCAGUGCCUCUGUCAUGAGAUUCUGGACAAAUUUUGCCAAGUCGGGGAACCCAAAUUUUCCUGUGAAAGAAACGAUAUUUGAAAAAGACAAAUUCUCAGACAUAGAUUGGCCGGAAUACGACCUGAAAAAGCAACAGUAUCUCCAGAUUGGAAAACGUCCUCAAGUAAGACACCAUUACCGCGGCAAACAGCUAGCCAUGUGGUUGGAUCUUAUUCCGAAAAUCAACGUGGAAGACAUCACAAACAGCGAAAAGCCAGACAGUGCGGAACACAAUUUGUUAGAUCCGAGAAACGAUUCGACCUUUGACGAACCCCAGCGACUCAUUACUCGAUUCCAUAAGUUAUUCCCCGCCCCACCCUCCACGACCUCACCCCCGCCAAAAGACCCGCCUUACCAGCCGAACACAUCCUCCGAUAGUCUGUCAGAUAACACGGACGGUGGACCAAAAGUGUUCGUUACGGAAGGAGGCGGUGAUUUGGCCACGUCUGUACUUCCGCCGGUCUCAGAUUCCCGAGCUGGGGAAUCUUUGGCGAGGAGUUCCGUCCCUUUGAGUAUAACUGUAGCUAUAGGUUGUUCUUUGCUGUUUUUAAACAUAUUGUUUUUCGCCGGUGUGUAUUAUCAAAGAGACCGUAUCAAGAAGCUGAAACGUGCCAAAGGAGCGUGUGAGACGGAGCUUAGAACUCCAAAGAAGAACGGGAACGACGGAGGCAUCUCCAAUCCACACGAAACAUCGAGUUUAAUGACGUCACAAGCGGCGCAACAGCAAAAUCAGUUGACGCCAUUAAAAACAGUGAAUGAAAGACCCGAGGUUCAAGGGAACCCGAUAUAUGCUGCCAUAUCAAAAUCAUCAGAUCAUUCAUCAGAUAAAUACUCAUAUUCCCCUGUACCUACAGACUCCUCCUCUCCGAUGCAUAGACAUCGGGAUCGGAAUACACAUUCUCAUACAAACAAUGUUCAGCCUUCGUACAAAGGUGUGAGCACCUUUUCUUCGGGACGACCGCCAGAUCGCUCACCAAAAGCUGACAGAAAUGCAUUAAAGAAUAAUGACAGACUCCAAUCAAAGACAAACAAAGAUAACCCGUCUUCUAAUUCGACUAAUGCAAUCACUGUUGUUUAGCAUUGAUCCUUGUUCAUUUGUCAUGAUGUUUGAGCGAUAUUUUGUAUGCAUGUAAUUGUGUAAAUGUGCAUAUGUGAUCAAGGGCACAUGAAAUAAAAUGAAAGUUUGUUUAAUUUAUAAUCAUAUAAAGUGUUUGUGUGUGUGAUUGUAUUGAAUGUGUAUAUGAUAUCAUGUUCAAGUUGAGGACAUGGGGGACAACUCUUGCAUAUGAUCUUUAAAAGAAAUGUUAUGAGGUUCAGUCUCCCCAAAAUGGUGUUCAGUCGGCGUUAAAUGCAAAGGUACUUAAAAAAGGAUUGCUCGAUUUGCUUCGAAGUACUUCAAAGUUUGAUUUAAAAUUAAAAUACAUGUAUAUUGUAUCAUUCUCUUUAGAUGACCCACAAUUUGAAUCUUUUAUCGUUAAGGAGGCAGAAUUGUCAACCAUCAAUCAAGUUAACCUUAAAAUUUUAAAUAUAUUAUUUUUUACCAUAAACGAUUUUAUACUACAGAUAUUUUAGAUUUCACAUUUCACAUUUUCUUUCAUCUUUAUAUAGAGCUCUCCGUUUGAAGGAGAUUAAAAUAGUGUGAAAAUGGUCACAAUCAUCUAGCCAUCUUAAGAUUUACAAUGUACAUGAUUGUAUAAAUAGACACAUCAAACUCUCUAAAUUAUGGAAAAUCACUUGGUGUCAUGCAUCAGAAUCUGCACAAUGGUCAAAAUGAAAGAUCACAAUUGGGCCAAGGUCAUUGAUAAAUGUCAAAAUUUUGAUUUCCAUAAUUAUUUUUUUUCAGUAUUUAAGAUCACAUUUCUCACAAAAGUUUUUAUUUUGAUUGUUAGAAAAACAAUCCUAAUCGCAGUUGUAUUUUUUUUUAACAUACAUUCUAAUUGAUUGUACGAAUGUGUUCUUCUACACAAAGUAUAUAUGCGUGAUGAUUGUAUUUUGAAAUCCAUGAAAUUCAAACAUGUAUUUUUUUAUUUUAUUUUUUUUGCACAGUGGAUGACUCCUUCUUUUACCCUUCCAUGAGUGGGAUUCGAGCUUUUUGUUAGUAUGGAUUUGUUGUUAUCUGACGAUAAUUAGAUUUUAUAGAAAAUAAAUGCUGUCUGAUGUUU